AGCUGUAGCGCGGCCUCCUUCCUUCCCAGCGCGGCGCUGAGGAUGUGGCGGUCGUGACGCGCCUGUGUCCGCGUUGGAGCCGGGGCGGCUGUGACGUGGCAGAGCGAGCGGAGGAAGGAGGAGGAGAGCCAGGCAGAGCGAAGGAGGCUCGCCGUCGGCACUACAGCCCUAGCGCUAUCCCUCCAUCCCUCCCUCCGCCAGAAGGGCCCCUCGGCCUCCGCUCAGCCACCGAAGCCGGGAAGAGGAGGAGGAGGAGGAGACAGAGGCAGAGAGACAGGCGAGCGAGAGGAAGGGAGGAACCGGGCCCAAGUCCGCCUCUGCUGCCGCCGCCGCCUUCGCCUUCGCCAUGGGCCUCACCAUUUCCUCGCUCUUCUCGCGCCUCUUCGGCAAGAAGCAGAUGCGCAUCCUUAUGGUUGGUUUGGAUGCUGCUGGAAAAACCACAAUUCUGUAUAAGCUGAAGCUAGGAGAGAUUGUCACUACAAUUCCUACAAUUGGUUUUAAUGUGGAAACAGUAGAAUAUAAAAACAUCUGUUUCACUGUUUGGGAUGUUGGUGGUCAAGAUAAAAUUAGACCACUCUGGAGGCAUUAUUUUCAGAACACACAGGGUCUCAUUUUUGUGGUAGAUAGCAAUGACAGAGAAAGAAUCCAGGAAGCCGCAGAAGAACUGCAGAAAAUGCUUCAGGAAGACGAAUUGAGAGAUGCAGUGCUCCUUCUCUUUGCAAACAAACAAGACUUGCCAAAUGCCAUGGCAAUCAGUGAAAUGACAGAUAAACUAGGCCUUCAGUCCCUGCGUAACAGAACUUGGUAUGUUCAAGCUACCUGUGCUACACAAGGAACUGGUCUGUAUGAGGGACUUGACUGGCUGUCAAAUGAGCUAUCAAAGCGCUAACUGAAACUGGAUGACUUUCACACCAGGGACAUGUUUGAUAUAAGUGGUCUAGGCUUGUUACAUCAAAAUUAGUUUGCAUCUUGGUUACUAUACAGUAUCUGGAACUGGUUUGGGCAGGAUAUUACAGCUUUUUGACUUAUUUUGUUGCCAAUUAUUGUUCACCCAGCUCCAUGUUGCCAAGGUAACAAUAAGCUUGGGUUAAAAAAACUCCUUAAUUUGGAAAAAAGUGUAUCUUCUGAUUUUUACUUCUAUUGUUAGCCUAAAUGCCUGAAUAUAGUUGUGACUUUUGAAAUCUGUUUGAAUGCUUCUUGAGCCCCAAUUAAAUUAAGUAUGUUUUAAAAAAUUUUCACCCUUUCUUUAAGUUACUGAUAUUAUUUCAUUCCGUAAGACACUCUGCUGAGUUAAUCUAGCAUUCCAUUCAUAUUUAUUUCUCUUCCUUGUUAAAAAAAACAACAACCUUCCUAAUAUGUUUUGUUGGGGAAAUGGUCUAAAACACUAUUGAGAUCUUCUGCGCUGAGGAACAUUUUAUUAACCCCUUGGAUUCUGUUGACCCACUUUGGCCUUGUGUCAACUGAAUCUGGUUGGUAGAAUACUUCUGUGCUUUGUGCACCAAGCUCCUUGAAGUUUUUAAUAUUCAGCAGAUUGUCUUCCUUUCUAUUGUAUUUUUUUUAUUGCAUGUUGCUUUUUGGUAUCAGCCUGUUUUGCCCAGUGUAUAAUAGUUCUGCUAAAGUUUAAUUGUUUAUUGGUGAACAUAUCUUCAUGAAGGCAGACUUUUGAAAUUCUUCAGACUCGAUGGAUUAAUUUCUUCAUAACCUAUUCAGAAUUAUUCCUAAUAAAGAUGAUACAGAUGUAUAGCUUUGUGUAUGCUCCUUGAAUCUUAAGUUUGUGGAACUGAUAAUAUGAAUGUGUGACAGAUUCUUUUUCAAUAAACAGGAGUUUUUUUCUGUACCUUGGAACACAAAUACAGAUCUGAAUAGCCUUUGAAUUGUUUUGAAUUUGGCAAAAAAUCAAGAUGGGCAGUUAAACUUGUGUACAGUGUAACUGGUUUAUCUUCAAGACUAAAAAUCCUGUAAAAGUGUUUUGAAGCUGUAAAUCUAAAUCCCUUUAAGAUGUCCAGAUAUGACAAUACUAACAGGUUAAAAUUGUAAUAAAGUACAAACUGCCCAGAAAA